AUGUCUUUUCUUGCAAAAAGUGUUCCAAACUCCGAGUUGCAACAUCGAGAGGAUCAUAAUGUCGGAAAUGGCACUGAUUUAUCAAUGAAUUGUUUGGAAGAGGCAACAAAUUAUCACGAUGCCCCACCGGAGAAGAGAAAUAUUUAUAAAAACACAGUACAUUCCUCGGAACAGCCUAGUUUGAAUGAUAAGUCAUCAAUUUUGAGAUUUUUGUUAGGAAAUUAUUCUUUGCGGGAUACAGUGAGGAGUGUUGCUUUAUUGACUCUAAUUGUGUCAUUAUGCAGCAUUGCCUGUUUAUUUCUGCUCAUGAUGGUAACUAAGGAAGAUAAAUCAAAAUAUGCAUUUGCUUUUUUAAGACACAUAUUACCUUCUUUCUUGUUUCAUGAAGGAGAUUGGACAGGACAGGAAUCAGAGUUGAAACGAGUGGAAGAGGCAUCACUAUAUCUCAAAGAGCUACCAAAAGAAUUGAUUACCGUUCUGGAAAAAAGUUUUUCUAAAACACAAGAUGCUGGUCUUUCUAAUUCAAGGACAUCUUCUCGAUUUUGCAUUGCAAUUCCGACGGUAAAUAGAGGAGUGGAUUAUCUACACGUUCUAUUACAAUCUAUUUUGGCAAACACAUCCAUGAGCGAUUUAGUUCCUACUUCGAAUAUUGCUAUUAAUGUGUUCGAUGCAACAGGAAAUGAACAACAAUUCUCGCCACAUGUAGAAUCCAUUUCGCAUUUACGAAAUGUAUUUAAUUUUUUUAGAAAAUCAGAUAUUAGCAAUGACAAAUAUUUCCUUCAUAGUUCAUUUUCGAACCUAGCUGCAAGUCAGCUUCCAUAUCAUCAAAAACAAGCUCUUGAUUAUAUCACAACAUUGGAAUAUUGUCAAAAAUAUUACCCUCAUAUGGAAUACACGAUUAUUUUGGAAGAUGAUGCAGUUGUUCCAAAGGGUUGGAUCGAUUCUAUUCGCGAAAUGAUUGACACGUUAAACAGGGACUACUAUAUGUCCACGGAUGAAGAAAAGAUAAGGCGUUUCAAAGACAAGAGAUUCAUGUGGAUUAAGCUCUUUUUUGCUCAUGCAUACAAUGACUUUAAUGAAAAGAGAAUUCAUGUGCUUUCUAACGUUGCUCUAGUAACAUCAUUGAUUCUAACAUUGAGUUACAUUUGGAUUCAGUAUAAACGAAUGAAGAAACGAGAGGACACGACCAUAGUUCUGAAUAGAUGCACCAUUUAUUGGUUUGCUGUACUAACUUUUGUUAUAGCAUUGCUCUUCCUACUACUAAUGCGAUUUCACUAUCUCGAAGCAAAGUUUAUAAAACUGGCGAGAUUCUUUUCUAGCGAUGGGGAUGGAGCAGUUGGCAGAAAGUAUCAUCUGCAAAGAGAUUUCCCUCAUUUUGGCAGUGCAGUUGCAAUGGUAUAUCCGAAUGAUGCUUCCAUAAUGCAACCUUUUAUCAAUUACCUUAGAGAGUGGCAACAGAAAGCAAAUAGAGAGUUUCCUAAUGACAGAAUCAUUUACAACUAUGUUGCUUGGUUCAAUCACAAGAUAUUUGAUAAUUUCUUAGCUAUACCAGAUUUAGUGGAGCACAUUGGCUCUGUGAGUUCGAGAGAUUAUUAUUACUUCUAG